AUGGGUCUCCUACAACUUUUGAUCUUCGCUUCAGUGGUCGUCCAAAGCAAAAGUCAAUUAAACUGCUCUACAACCAUGCGACGUCCAGAGUACACAGACAUUUCUGUGACCUGUGGAACGUCUUCCGUCGAACUUGCUAUCCUCGCCUGCCCUGUCAUUUAUACUGGCUACAACGAGUCUCUGCUUGUUCUAAACAAUAUUGCGAAUGAUCCUGCCUGCAGUGGAACCCUGGACUCUUCUGUGAACCCCCCAGUGGUCAGGUUCACCUUCCCCCUCAACAUGACCAAUGCCUGCGGAAGCAUCUUCAGGACAACCAGUGCUCCAGGCACCGGAAUAUUCUCAGACUUCUCCAACAUUCAGACGGUCAAUAUCAGCGGGGUGGUGAGGUCACAUGACCCCACCACAGGCACAGUCACAUACAACGCUGAGCUGAAAUACUUUUACUCGUGUGCCUAUCCUCUGGAGUAUCUGAUCAACAACACCCAGGUUGAUGUGUCCUCCUCUUCCAUUGCAGUGAAGGACAACAAUGGAAGCUUUAUCAGUACUCUGAAAAUGCAGCUUUAUAGAGAUGUAAAUUAUACCUCACCCCUUGUCAUACCGACCCUGGGCAUUGAGCUGAGAACCCCGGUUUAUGUGCAAGUUCAGGCCACCAACCUGACCUCUCAGUACUUUGUGCUCUUGGACCGAUGCUACGCCUCCAUUUCUCCACACCCAACCAACUCCACUUUCUUCAACCUCUUUGUGUCAUGCUCCGUGGACCAGCUGACAUCGAUGUUGGAGAACGGUCAGAGCCAUAACGCUCGGUUCUCCUUCCCAGCGUUCCGCUUCAUAGAACAGCAGAACGAGACCGUGUCCACCUAUUACUUGCAUUGCAUCACGCGUCUGUGUGAGAGAAGCACCUGCAGCACGUUUAUGCAAUGCCCAGGCAGGAGGAGAAGAAGAGAUGCGGAGACCAGCACACCUACGGAAGGAAUCACAGACUUCACCACCAUCACCUCACCAGCAAUCAUCACCAGAACAGAGAGCGUUUCGACAUCAAAAGAGGAAGCGACUGACAGUGAAAGCAAGUCCAGCUCCUCUGUGGGAUUGGGUGUGGCGGUGGGAGUACUGACUCUGGCCUGCAUCGUUGUGAUCGGCAUGGCAGUGUUUUUCUACAAGAAACUACACGGCUCCAGCCCCUCGAAAAUGUUCCACAAGUGA